CAAAUGAUGGCGCCAAAAAUAUUUAGGAGAUCUGGCUCCCUCCCAUAACAUCAGAACUUAAAACCCUCGAAAAUAUUUAGCGCGAAAAUUAUGCCGCCCAAAAAUUCCCGCCACACCACCUUCUUUAUAACCCCCUUAUCAAAUCUGAAAAACUCCAAAUCCAUUAAUUAUAUCGCUUCUUCCUAUUGCCCCCCACCUGUUUGUCGAAAUUCUCGAACCAACGUUUCAGCCUUUUCAUUCAGCAGCCAUGGUGAUGAAGCUCAAAACAAUUAGCCCCGCCAAGUUCUUCGGAAACACCCUCCCCCGCCCCCGCUUCUACACCGAUGUCAAGUUCAACGACCACCGCGUCGACCCACCUGCCGACGUCCUCGACCCCUUUCUCUCGUGGGCCAACGAGGCCCACUGGACCAUGGGCGGUCUCAGCUUCAAGCGCCUCAGGCUCCAGGGCCGCAUCGAAGGCAGCGUCGGCAAACUCCGCGCGCAGAGGGAGAAGAUCGAGAAUGAGAAGCAAAAGCUUGCGAAAUCCGCAAAUGGGUCGGGUCGUAAUCAGCCCAACGGCAAGAGGGCUUCCUCCGAUUCGCCCCCUCCGGCUCCGAUCGUGACAAAACGCCGGAGGUUCUUGGAUGUGAUCAGUGAGAGCGAUGAGGAGGAACAGGAGGCAGAGGUUGUGAAGGGGAAGAGGCUUGUGAAGAAGCUGGUGGAUGAGUUUGAUAAGGUGGCUUUGGAGGCUGAUAGAGAUAACAGCGUGAGCCCCUCAAAGGGUUUGAGUGGCGGAUCGGAGGGAGCGUCCACAAGGAGGACUCGGAGCCGGAGAUCGGAGGAAGAGGAGGCAGCGGAGACCGUGUUGAAGGUGGCAGAGGAGGUGAAUAAGCUGAGUUUCAAGGACAAGAAAUUGAAGGGUAAAAGCAGCAAGGGGAAGGAGAACAAAGAGAAGGCCUCCGGUAUUGUAAAUGGCACUAGGACUUCGCCCAGAUUGGCAAAACGUAGCUGAAUGUUGAUGUAGUUUCUUUGCAUUUUCAGAUGUAUGAAGAAAAAUCUGCUUUAUAUAAAUAUUUAUUUAUUGGUGUUGAUUGCAGAAA